AUGGAAUCCUGCUCUACGUGCGCAACCAUCCUCUCUUCAGCGCCCGAAUAUACAAAAGAGGAACAGUAUCUUCCGCAAGACCGUCGAGUAGCGUGCUGUGCGAGAAUCAUCUGUGGCAAAUGCAUCCAUAAAAACGAACGAUUUGCAGACUAUUGUCCAUACUGCCAAGUCUCUACGGUACCCUCUUCUCUUCCACAGGGUCUAAGAGAGCCGCCGGCUUAUACAUCGUUGCCAUCGUCAAGCUCGCAUAUCUCGGGGGCGCCGCCACCAUAUUCAGCAGCUUCAACCACCCAAAAUGCUCAAAACGAGAAGGCAGCUUUGGCGCAGAACGAUGUGAAAGAGGAUGCUCCUGAUAUUCUACAUUUUCUCGACCAUCGCUAUGACAGCGUCAGCUCCUUAUCUCUCAGAUACGGUGUACCAGCCCAUGCUUUGCGACGAAGCAACAACCUUACCAGUGACCACUUGCUUCCCGGAAGACGAACAGUUCUGAUUCCGGGCGAAUACUACAAGGGCGGUGUCAGCCUCUCCCCACGACCUGUCGAGGGUGAAGAGGAAGAGCUGAGAAAGGGAAAGAUUCGACGCUUUAUGACAUCCUGCAAGGUCUCCGAUUACGACGUUGCGGUGCUGUACUUGGAACAGUCCGGCUAUGAUAUUGAGCAUGCCGUCACAGCAUACUUAGAUGAUGAGAAAUGGGAGCAGGAACAUUCAGCCCCUGGCAAGGGGAAGAAGGUCGACAAAUACAAGAACCGGGGACCUUUUUGGAGAGGACUCUGA